UUGAUGUUUGACUUCAUCCAUUUGUUUGUGAUGCGUCCGAGGAUGUGGCAGCAGAAUCAGCGGAUCUUUCUUCUUCUGUCAGUGAUGGUCACAGGGUCGUGUUGGGUUCAUUUGAAGGUGUCUCCGGAGGUCCCCGCCUCCAGAGGAGAAGACGCCGUCCUGAACUGCUCCUUCACCCCCCCCCAACACCCUUCAGGGGAGAUCACCGUCAGGUGGUUCGCCAGAGAACCGAACUCUUCACCGUUCUUCAGCUGUUCAGUUAAAAACGACUUAGCGACUCAGGGACUCGGCGACUGUUCGUAUUCUGAGUUCACACAUUCCCUGACUGGAGAUCCACGGCGGGGGGAGCUGUCUCUCCUCAUCAGGGCGGUACAGCUGACGGAUAACGGUCCUUACUACUGCGGAGUGGAGCUGGACGGCCAGCGGAGUGUUUCCAAAAAGACACAGCUUCGUGUCACAGCUGAACCUCAGAUCCUGAGUCUCGUCGUGGUGGAGACAGACAGCGCCCCCCGGAGUCUGGAGUGUGAGGUGGAGGGCAACCCGCUGCCUAAACUGGUUUGGUUGUCGGCUUCCAAGUUAAUGUUGGACGACCAGGGGGAGACGUCUCAGUCGCGUCCGUUCCGACUGAUCGGCAAGGUGCCGUACCUGGAGGAGGAGGAGUUGACCUGCAGGGCGGAGAGCGAGCUGGGCGGAGCUCAGCUGACGUAUCCAACCCAUCAGGCUCCGCUGAUAACAGUGGUGGUGUGUGGCCUCAUGGGGGCGCUGCUGCUGCUGCUGCUCUUCAUAGGAGUCAUCGUUCACUGUCGCAGAAACAGAGGUGAGCGUCAGUGA